CGUCGAGGAGGGGCGGGGCUGUGCGUCAUUGCGUCACGGGCGGCAGAUGCGUGCGGACUUUGUUCUGGCAGCUCUAGUGUUAGCUGGAAAUUAUUCCGUUUGAGAUCACACAAAGUGAAAGAAAACAGGUAAGGCAAUGGCAUUGACGCAGAUAUCCUCAAACAAGUGCUGUGAAGGUUUCCAAAAGGUGUUUGAGCACGACAGCACAGAGCUAAAAUGUAGAAUGAGAUUUGGAAUUUAUCUUCCUCCAAAGGCUGAAAGUGGAAGAUGUCCCGUCAUGUACUGGUUGUCUGGCUUAACAUGCACUGAGCAGAAUUUUAUAAGCAAAGCAGGAAGCCAGCAAACUGCUGCUGAGCAUGGAAUCAUCAUCGUUGUUCCAGACACCAGCCCUCGUGGAUGUAAUAUUGAAGGAGAGGAUGAGAGCUGGGACUUUGGUACCGGGGCAGGGUUUUAUAUCAAUGCAACUGAAGACCCCUGGAAAACCAAUUACAGAAUGUACUCUUACAUUACAGAAGAGCUUCCUCGCUUGAUAAAUGCAAACUUUCCAGUAGACUCUGAAAGGAUGUCCAUUUCUGGUCACUCAAUGGGUGGCCAUGGUGCUUUGAUUAUUGCUCUGAAGAAUCCUGGAAAGUACAAGACAGUAUCAGCUUUUGCACCAAUCUGCAAUCCGAUGCAGUGUCCUUGGGGUCAAAAAGCUUUCACUGGAUACUUAGGACCCGACAAGUCCAAGUGGGAGGAGUAUGAUGCCACUGUCUUGGUGAAAUCUUACUCUGGUCCACAACUAGAUAUUCUCAUUGACCAGGGUAGGGAUGACCAGUUUCUUGCUGCAGGGCAGUUACUUCCAGACAACUUUAUUUCUGCGAGUACAGAAAGGAAGAUUCCAUUGGUAUUCAGACUGCAACAGGGAUAUGACCACAGUUAUUACUUUGUGUUUUCAUUCAUGAAUGAUCACAUAAAACACCAUGCAAAGUACCUGAAUGCUUAAGAAUUUCACCAGAGGAACUUUAAAGACUAGCCCAUCACUGGUCAUUCAUCACUUUGCUAUUUUUGUAAGACAAAAUCCAUCACCUUGAUAAUAAGAAUACAUUGCUGUGCAGUUUAAAUACCUUCUGUUUGGUAAAAAUAAAAAAUGCAUCAAUAAAAUAUGGUGUUUUCAUUUUCUGUAUUUGCCUUUUUAUAAGCACAUAUCAUUAUUCUGAUUUUAAGAACAUAUUCAGAAUGACACCCUGCUGUUGCAUUUUAUCAAAGACAUAGCUUGACAAUGGACAUCAGUGGCAAAACUCGGAUUUCUGUGAACACUCAAUGGAAAUACUGAACUAUUCACAAUGGAUUCAUUUAUAAAAAUGCUUUAUACUACUCACAGGAAGGAUGGCUUGAGUGAAAAGAAUUAAUUAAAAACUGUAGAUAAGAACAGUCGCUACAAAUUCAUAGGCAUGUGGAUGGGAAUCAAUAUUUAAAAUCUACUUGUUGGCAAUAAAUAAAACCUGGCAUAUAACUAUUCUGUACAUUUCAAAUGAGAAAAUUAGAAAAAAAAAGUAAAUACAGGUUUGUAACUAAUGUACUGUACAAAUUUCUUCACCAGUAUUUAAUGAACAAGCUGUUCACAAAAUAGACUUACCCAGACUGCCUGUCUUUUGCUUUGCAUGUGUGUUGAAUUGUUCUGUAGGUGACUCUUAGCUGAAACACUUACCAGUCAGCACCGCCAUCACUUCUAACCAGACAGCCGCAGUGUGGGGGUGAGAAGCCGUGUUGUCCAUCUUUCCAGUCAACCGAAACAUUUGGACAAAACACAUAAACUCUUCCAGUCAGGUAGAGGGGGGGAAAAAGGCUGACGCUUAAGUGCUUGUUACAAAGAAAGGUUUUUAAUGUUUAAGUGAUUUGUAUUAUACACACUAUAUACAGUAAAUAAGGAAAUGGUACAAAUGGAGGGGUAACACUGUACAUAUGAGUGCUGUACAAAAACCUUUUGAAAUUCCAAAGCCAAACUAAAGACAGUUUCAUAAAAAGCAGUAAUACAAAAUAUUUCACAUACUUUAUAUAAUACAGUCAACUUUAAACAUACAUAGAACUCCUUUUAUAUAAUAUAUGGCUAUUAAUGUGUUUAAAAACAAGUGUCAGAUUCACUUUACAUUAAAGCAAAAAGUCACAGGAAAACAGUGUUUUUACUCAAGAUGCAGCAAUUUGCAUUCUUUCAAAUAUCAAUUAACAGCAGUAAGCAAUUAAUUCAAAACUAAAUUUUGUCUCUUUUUUUAUU